GAGAGAGAGAGAGAGAGAGAGAGAGAGAGAGAGAGAGAGAGAGAGAGAGAGAGAGAGAGAGAGAGAGAGAGAAAAAGGAGAGCGAGGAAGAAAUAAUAAAACAUAUGGGUUGGGAUUUUGUAACCCUUUGAGGUUUUUUGACAAGAGAAAGAAUAAUGAUCUCCGGAAGAAAAAUAAAAAAAAUAGACAAUUGGACGAGACCAUCAGACGAGGAGAUCGGUUUACGAGAGAAAGAGAAGUGAGAAGUUCUUCAUCCGAAUGUAACAAGUUUGGUUUUGUUCAUUGCUGUAAAGGAUACUGGGAAGGCACACACACGCAGUCCCAGUCGACUCCAAACUCUCUCACACAUACUACAGCUGGACAGAACCACAAAUGGAAAGAAUUUGUAUGAACUGAGGUGUCUCUAGGCCUGACAACACAACAGCAGUUUCAGCAGCAUGGCCACUUUAUCCUCCUCUUCCUCCUCCUCCUCCUCUUCCUCCUCCUCCUCCUCCUUCCCUCUCCCAAACUCCUCUUUCUCAUCCUUCUCCACUACCUCAUGGCCUCUCCCUCCCACGGACUCCCCCUCCUGCGACCUGGAUGACUCUGCCCUAGGCCUCCCCCUGGCCUUCCUGUACAGCCUCUUCUUCCUGCUGGGCCUGGUGGGCAACCUGCUGGCUCUGUGGGUCUUCUUCUUCCUCCACGGCAGGAACAACUCAGUGCGCGUGUUCCUCAUCAACGUGGCAGUGGCAGACCUGGUUCUGCUGGCCUGCCUGCCCUUCCGGGUGGUUUACCACGCCUUGGGGAACCGCUGGAUGCUGGGCUCCCGGGCCUGCAAGCUGGUGGGGAACCUGUUCUACAUGAACAUGUACAUCAGCAUCACGCUGCUGGGGUUCAUCAGCUUGGACCGCUACGUCCGGCUGAAGGGGCGGGGCAGGGAGCGGGGCGGGGCCCUGGGGCGGAGGCUGUGCUGGGGGCGGAGCUGCGGGUGGAGCUGGGUGCUGUGCGGGGUGCUGUGGUUCCUGGCGCUGGCCGGGCUGGUUCCCAUGGUGAUGACGGGGGAGGGGAACGAGGAGAAGGAGAAGUGUUUCCAGUACAAGCAGCGGCUCGACGCCAGAGACAAGGCGUACUUCAACAUGGCGCUGGUGGGGUUGUUCUGGGCAGUGUUCAUCCUGCUGGUGGUCUCCUACGGGAAGAUCGCGGCGCGGCUGCUCCGCGUGUCCGGGGCACGGCCCGACAUGCCCAACGCCCAGCGCUACGGCCGCACGGCCAGGAAAUCCUUCUUCGUCCUGUUCCUGUUCACCGUCUGCUUCGGGCCGUACCACGCCUUCCGCCCCGUCUAUGUGAUGUCCCAGCUCAGCCCGUCCUUGUCCUGCGACUACAAACGCCUAAUGGACCGGACCAACGAGGUGAUGCUGCUGUUCUCCGCCUUCAACAGCUGUCUGGACCCGGUGAUGUACUUCCUGUUGUCCAGCUCGGUCAGGAAGGCCGCGGUGCGGGCUCUCGGCGACCGCUUCACCAAGCGCAUCCACUUCCUGAACGACGGGACGUCCAACAGUUCCACCACGGAGUUCAGGAGGGCCUCGCUGUCACCUCAGGGCGGGCUGUACCCCUCACUCACCCCCAGGACCAGCAUCAGUCUCCUGAACUCCCCGCUCCGCAUCGGAGGGGCCUUGCCCUCGUCCCCCGGCACAAACGACCACAUUGGCUGACUGACUGACAAAGCUUUCAAGCGCCGGGAGUUUUAACAGGUGUUUAGAUUACUGCCGGGUCUCACGGCUGUUUGAAACGGCUGCAAGUUAAGCGAUUGUGUACUUUGUAACUGGGUUUUCAGUCUCUCAGCUUUAUGAGAAGCGACAGACAGCACAUUGUGAGUACUGCGACAUGCGAUGUGUUGGAUGAAGAGUGUGAUUAAACACUGAUUAACAAA